GACUCAUUGAGAGAGAUGCCGUUUGGCGUUUCCGGACCGGGGAUGGUGAGCUCGGAUUCACUCGGGACGAAUUUCCGGCAAAUGGAUGGAAUUGCUGGUAACGAGCAGAGAGGAACUGAGAGAGAGUGGGAUAGGUUUGUUUUUCCACCAGUGCCGUGGCGGGUUACCGAGCUUUCGGGAAUAACACCAGGAUGGCGCACGGGCGUCUGGCAACCAAAUUAGACCUUGGAAGACCAAGGAUACGCAAGUGAGGAUGUGAAGCUAUCUCGCGUCUUCGCCUUUACGGCGAAAAUGUUGAAGACGCCGAUAUGAGCCAAGAGAGAGGCUUUUUUUUUUUUUUUUUUGCGUUGUUUUCUUGUCAACAAUGCAAUCUGAUUCGUGUUUGUCUUGGGGAUCUUCCCUCAUGUCUUGAACCGCGACUUUCCGUUGCGGCAUCGGCACAUUUUGAUCAACGUUGUUGGACAGACAUAACCGAAUUAUCGUGGAUGGACACGAUAGGCAGAUUAGAGUUUGGAGGUUCUGCCAGCUUGCAAGGGAUGGCUGGGCCAGGGAGCUGGCAUGGCUGCGUCGUCCGUAUCGUCCGGCGGUUGAGGGCCGAGGGUGGCUCGCCGACGCGGACGAUCCCGCUUCGUUGGGACCAGAUUGGAUGCUGCAGGGCUGCGGUGACUCAACAGCUUCACAUGUCUUCAACUCGAGCUCGAGCAGGUAGAUGUGGGAGAUGAUACGGGAAUAAGGCCUUUGGGGUCGAAGCAGCCUAGCAGAGUUAGCAUUACCC